CAGAACAGCAACAACAACAGCCAAAAUGUCUGCAAACAAAAAGAAAAAUGAUGACAAACCUGCCGUCCCUGACCAUGAAGUGCGCCAAGAAUCAUCAAAAAAUGCAAACUGUGCCCUGCAAGCGCAGCGAAAGGCACAGGAGUUGAAAGAUGCAGCCGCCGGCGCUGGCGACCCAGAGGAGCGCCAAAAACUAAUGGAACGCGCCAUCAACGCACAAAUCGAGGCCGAGUCUUUUGGGAAAACAGCAAAGUACCUCCGCUCCGGCACAUUCCAAGGUCUGGCAGUCGGCACAGGCCUCGGCGUUGCACCGGGAGCCACGCUGGGAGCCGUGACCGGAACGUUAGUCGGUGGAAUCACGUCGACAAUAACGGGCGGGCUAGGUGGUGGAGUGGGAGCUCUGACCGGGGCGCUUCACGGACCGUUUUGGGACUUGGGGAAAAUGGCGGGGAGGGGAGUGCAGAAGGUGACGGGGAACUUUCCUGGAUGGGUGGCUAGCGAGGAGCAGAAGAAGGCGUUUGAGAAGAUGAUAGGGCAGGCUCAAGAGGAGGAUAUGCCUGAUGAGAGUGAACUGGAGAAAUUGCGAAAAGAUGGCGGUGGUGGUGGUGAGAAAGAGGAUGAUGAGGGCUGGAUCAACAGCGCGAAAGAGGCUAUGCCGGCAAAGUGGAGUACAGACAGCAAGUCAUCUACGCAAGACGCAGGAGAAGGCAAAGCAGAAAGUCAAAGUCGCAAGAAGCCGCGCAAAUUGAAUCAGCCCCCAAAAGAAGACUCAGCGAACAACACGGAACCUAGAAACCGCAAGACACCACGCAAAUUGGAGGUCAAGGCCAAUAGCAGUAAUACAGGCUCCUCGAAGCCGACCAGUACCAAGGGGAAACCACGUAAACUUGAAAACAGGUCAGAUGGCAGCAGCAGCAGCAACAACAACAACAACAACAACAACAACAAUAGCAAUACAACCCCAAUGAGGUCGUCGACUCGUACGAAAGCACAGCCACGCAAACUCGAGCAAAGGUCCUCUUGACGUAGUCGGCAUUGCUUCAAGUUCACUCCUAGGUCGAAUCCCGCGGGGACAAAAACAUGGCAUUCAUUUACUUAUUUCACAUACAUUUUAUUUGUCUGGCUACUCAAGCACGGUGUGUAUAAGAAGACAACAAGUGUACACGGUUACAAUUUAAUCUGAGUAUUCAUUCACAAAUUCCCAAUCU